UUCCCUCCAGUCUAAAGAACAGCAGGCUUAUAAUAUCCUCAACAGAAACAAGAAUUGGGGUUAACGUGAAUGCACGGGUUAAUGAGUAGUCGAGGGUAUACGCACAAAACAAAAUAUUGAGAAUGUAAAAAAGCCUGUUGAGUGAAACAAUGACAGCCUUUGGUGGAAACACAGUUGCCUUUACUGGACCACUGUUUUUCUGAUUCUCUUUUAAAGUGGUAGCAUCUACAAUACAGUGCCUUGGUUUUAUUAUCCGUGUAAUAACAAUGAGAUAAGGAGAGAUGAAAUAAAUGAUCCACAUAACUUAGGACUGAGGACAAAUUACUGAGUGGCUGGAUUCUAUCAAAUGACAGGUGAAAAGGCGAUUCCAUUUCUUAAUAUCUGAAUGUGUAGAUACGGUGCACCCCUUACUGAAAAGACAAUGGUACAAACCUUUGAGCAGCCGCGGCAAGACAGAACAGUCCGAGUGAGCGAGAAUUACACCGGAAACUGUGCCCCUGUGACUUCAAAAUAAAACAAAAUACUUGAAAAAAAAAGAAGGUCUUCUUGAAGCAUUAUAUUGUAUUAAGUUGAAUGGUAUUUUUUGUCUGAAAAAGCAGAAAUCGAAGUCUUCUGUUUAGCUGCGAUAGUAUUGUUGUUAACACUAGACAGUUAGAGCGUCUGGUGAGACAGAAAAGCCACCAACUAAAUGAGCUUAUCCAACCUUUCAGGCCUAUUGAGCAGGAUACAAGAUAUUAUAUCGAAUGUUACCAAGCCAAUUCAUUUUGAAAUCAAUAUAUUCUGUGUACGUCUGUAGGUCUGGGCAAAAUAUUAUCAUCACUUACAGAUAUAUAUGGACUAUUCUUUCAUUUUCUUUUCUUUUUUUGCUGUAAAUGUCAUGUUUGUGGUAUGAUUUAUUUAUAUUUUGUUUUCUGUGCAUAUCCUGAUACCAUCUGAUUUUUCUGCAAUGUUCCACUUUUCCCCAUGGACAUAAUCAAAUCUGUUUGUUUUUUCCCCCCUCCUUCUUCGCUUUCUCGAAUUUGUUCAGCCUUUACUUUGAAGGCCAAAUCCCUUCUUUUCCUGUAUCCGCCGGGCUAAGCGUGUGCGUCUUGACGCUCCUCCCUGUUGCUGCUGGGGCUGAGCGCACAGUGAAGUGCUCGGCUGUCGGUGCGGUGUGUGCGCCGUGUAGUCCACUAUGCCGCUGGUCCAGCGGUGUCGGCUGUAAUGAAGCAGUGUGAUGUGUCGUACCGGACGGACCCCCUGACGCGCCGCACUUUCUCCUCUUCGUCCCUGCAGAAGAUGGUGGCUGGCGGCUAGUUCCAACUUCGGGCUCCUUGGUGUUUUUCCUCGGCGAAGCGCACUGAAAUCAGUUGAUGAUGGCAGACAGAUGAUGACAUCGCACCGCGUGCCCUCCACCCACCCGUUCUGAUUCCAGAGUCCCAGAGGUGCCAGACGUGACUGGCUGCUCAAUCCUUUAUCUCUAACGUCCUGAACAGCCCCAGUCGGCCUUCCCUUCAUCUUUUAGAAGGAACAAAGGCUGCCACUGUAAUCAGUAAACAGAGGGGUCCUGAGAUGACGGAGGUGGAGCCAGUGUUGGACUUUGCCUCCUCGGGGCGCUCUGGGAGGAGAAAUGCCCUGCCUGACAUCCUGGGCUCUCCUGCGGGCGUAAACCCUGGCGACCUGCCUCUUAAGCUGGCUGAGCUGUCCCUCAAAGAUGGUCCGGGAGGGGCCCAGUCACCCACGGCGGAGGAGCCUCCAGCGCCGCCGGAGAGCUCAGAGGGGAAAGAGGGAUCGUAGGGACUCGUUAAUUUACCUCCCCCGGAGACCUGCAAAGAUAACCUGUGAGACGGGAUGAGGAACGAGAUAGAGGGCGACCUGUGGGAGAAAGAGUGAUUAUCUUGUGGAGAGUCAGUCUGUUUGCAAAGCAGCUGAGCCACGAAGGGAGAGUGAGGGACCGACUCCCCAAGGACUGGAGCCAGGAGCUUAGGACUGUUUGGCACUCAGCACUAUCUGAAAAGAGUCAGACAUCACUUAGUUAUGAACCAGUGAGUCUGUGUCUGUGUCUGUGUGUGUGUGUGUGUGUGUGUGUGUGUGUGUGUGUGUGUGUGUGUGUGUGUAUAGGUGAGCUAAACACUCACCGCAGACACUACACUGAGAAUCAAAGGGACCAUGACAGAUUGUAUACUGUACACUACUAUUUUUGUAUGAUUUAUUUAAAACUUAACAGGUUCUCAUAAGUCAAACUGUAAUGUGUACCAUGUCCUUGCAUUUCCUGCUAAUUUUUGUUUUAUAGUGAUGUGUGUUAUUUUACACUGACAAUAGUAGGAGGGCUUUGAUAGCAGCCUUUAGUGGCUCGAAGCUUUUUAAUCCAGCUGGAUGCAAAAUGGCACAUGUGACAUAAGAAAACUGUAGAUUUAAGAAAACUGAGAACUCUUUGUGUUGUCUUGCUCACUUAUCCUUUUACACUAAAUGUGUAUGAUCUACUGUAUGUUUUCAAAUCUGAGGCUGUUGUACAGUAUAUCUACAUUAGAAAUGUACAGUUUUUACCCCUCAUCACGAGACUGUUUUCAUCCUAGCAACAACGACCAGGGAUUUGAUCCAUUUAUUUUUUAGGUGUCCGAGGUGAUAACGUGGAGCCGUCCAUAUCUUGAGACAUUCCUUUAGAAAAUAGUGUCCCACUGCCAGCAAUGUACACACUGCUUCAUUAUAAUACUGAGAAAAGUCAAAGAUUUCCUUUUGUUUUUUGCUCAAGGCUGCUUUUAAAAGUCUCUUCAUUUUCCAAACCUCUGAAAAUGUGCCUAGUGGCAGUUCACAACCGAAAACCUGUGUUGUGUUCAUUCUCUGUGAAGUACUGUUAUUGACUAUUUUGGGCUACUGAUAUUUCCUGUUUUAAUAGGAGGUAUCAUAACACCUCUUUACUGCUUGAACUGUAAAUGAAAGAAAAAACACUUUUUUGUAACAUUCUGCAGACCUGCAUCUGGUCCAGGUCCUACACUCCUACUGUAUACUGUCAGAAACGCAGUCAGUUUUGUGUAAACUUCAGCAGGGCUUUUUUUUUUUUUUUUUUUGCAGCGCGAGGCUCCUCGCGCGUGCUUCUUAUAGCAACAGCAGCAUAUGCCCGCUGACUGGGCACGGGAGCAAGCAUCAAGCAACACCAACGCCACAAUGUGUUUUGAGUGCGAAAAUGGCAGUACACUUUCCGCACGGAGAAAAGUCUGUUCACACUCAUCAACACAUAAGCAGAGCUGUGAAUAAGAUGCAAGACGGAGAGUGAGAAACGCAGCAAUCCACAUUUGUCAGCUAGCCACUCACUGCUACUGUGUAUAUACUGUGCUGUAUUGUAGUAUAAUGUGUGUCAUACAUGCUGCCUGUAUGAUUACCAGACUUUAUUCACAUACUGUACCCACAAAGAAACGAUGUUCUGUAAUUGUCUCUAUUUGAAGAUGUUUUGCCGGUGGCUGUCUUUAUGUGGAUGUUUCACAAAUGCAACAAGGAAAGCCUGGUGUGCUGCUGCCCAGCCUCUGUUUUGAUGCUGUACUACUACUAAUUCUGAUGAGGAUGAUGUUUAUGGUCUAUCUGAAGCUGUAUGAUCAACACUUUUUUGGGGGUCGAUGAAUCAGAGGUGUAUUUUGUAGUGUCCUGAUCUCUGUGGUGCAUAUAUUUUACUUUGCUGGAUUGGAUCCUUUAUGUUGAUUCUAUCUGGUGGUGAAAAUUGCCAUAUUAAACCCACAAGCUUUACAUAUA